AUGUCAUUUAAGCUGACGAAAAUCGAAGCUUUGGAUGGCUAUUCGGUCUAUACUGUCGGGCUAGCCGAUCUCCUGGCAAAUACAGCCUGGCACACUAUCUACAUGUUCAAUUAUAUGUACGAUUUGCCGUGGGUGGUGAGCCAUUUUCCCCCAAGCGCAGACAUUGAUAUGCAUGUGAUAUAUGGAUACAAGGCUAGUGCCAAUCAAGAGGGGAAAGACUUGGAAGCAGGCAAACGAGAGUGUGCCAGGCAUGCUUCCAAGAUACGUUUGCAUCUGCAUGGUGUGCGUUUGAUAAACCAGUACGCGACACACCACUCAAAAAUUAUGAUCUUUGUGGGGGCAUCCCGCCUGCAAAUUGUCAUACAUACAGCAAAUAUGAUUGAGUUUGACUGGGCAAACAUGACCCAGGGGGUGUGGAUCUCGCCGCUUCUUGAGCGCCAGGACGUACCAACCCCGCAUUCACGAUUCAGAGGCGACUUCACUCGCUAUCUUAUGGCCUAUAACAUCCCUGCUGUAACAAAACUGGCAGAAUCAUUCACAAAUUACAAUUUUUCUGGCAUACAUGAUACUCUGGUUGCGUCGGUCCCCGGUCAGCACCUGAAACCAUGGUGGGGGUUGAGAAGGCUCAAGCAAGAGCUCGCUGAGCUUCAUGUGGAAGAGUCCAUCUGUCAAAUCUCUUCAAUUGCAACGCUGCCUCAGCAAUUUUUGCCAAAACUGGCCUCCUGUCUCAAUUGCCCACUGUCUGAACUGGCAGUUGUUUACCCCACUAUGCAAAACAUCCAAGAGUCCCUGAACGGCUGGCAAAGUGGCGGAUCAAUUCACCUCAAACGCAAAACGACCGCCCACGACAACCAGUACGACCGUUUGGCUCCUCACCUCCGACAGUGGAAGAACCUCAGGCAUGCGCGAGACCGGGCAGCCCCACACAUCAAAACGUACACAGGAAUAACCGACAACCAAGCCCAAUAUUUCUUAUUGACGUCGGCAAACCUUAGCACUCAGGCAUGGGGGUCUGAAAACCCUAAAAAGGGCACUAUCUACAUUCAGUCUUGGGAAUGCGGGGUGCUGCGAAAACACGGCGAUAUCCCUCUAAUCUAUAAUCUACCGCUUGUUCCCUACGGCCCUCAAGAUAAAGCAUGGUCCAUAGACACGUUUUUAGCAUCAGUUAGUUAG